AAAGAAGAACCAAAUAUGGCUUCUAAUCCUGGAAUUCUCACUGACUGGCCAUGGAAGCCUCUCGGAAGCUUUAAGCAUGUGGUGUUGCUUCCUUGGGUGGUUCACAGCACAUACUCAUUUUUGGUAAGAAAAGAAAAUGAGAGAGACCUCUCAAACUUCCUCAUAUUCCCAUUCCUUGUAUGGAGAAUCCUCCACAACCAGCUCUGGAUCACCCUCUCCCGCUACCAAACCGCCAAAGGCAGUUCCCGGAUCGUCGACAAAGGCAUCGAGUUCGAUCAGGUUGAUAGAGAACGAGACUGGGAUGAUCAGAUUGUUUUCAAUGGGAUAUUAUUUUACUUGGGAAGCAAGACACUGGCUGGGGCAUCAAAACUGCCGGUGUGGAGAAUGGAUGGUGUGAUUUUAACGAUUCUUAUACACAUGGGUCCAGUGGAGUUCCUCUACUACUGGCUUCACAGGGCUCUUCAUCACCAUUUUCUCUACUCACGUUACCAUUCACAUCACCACUCCUCCAUCGUCACCGAACCCAUCACAUCUGUGGUUCAUCCAUUUGCAGAACACAUAGCCUACUUCCUGCUCUUUUCAAUACCAUUACUAACCACCAUAUUCACCGGCAACGCCUCCCUGGCCUCCUUCGUCGGCUACAUCACCUACGUUGAUCUAAUGAACAACAUGGGUCACUGUAAUUUUGAGCUAAUCCCUAAUUGGCUCUUCUCCAUUUUUCCUCCUCUCAAGUACUUAAUGUACACUCCCUCAUUUCACUCUCUUCAUCACACUCAAUUUCGGACUAAUUACUCAUUGUUCAUGCCAUUCUACGAUUACAUCUAUGGUACAAUGGACAAAUCUUCUGGUUCUUUGUACGAGAAUUCUCUAAAAAGGGAGGAAGAAUCUCCGGACGUGGUUCACUUGACCCAUCUAACCACGCCGGAGUCGAUUUACCAUCUCCGGCUAGGGUUUGCUUCAUUGGCGUCCAAGCCUCACACCAAGAAAUGGUACUUGUGGUUAAUGUGGCCUGUCACGCUAGGGUCCACGGUCUUCACUUGGGUUUAUGGUCGCACUUUUGUGGUUGAGAGGCAUCGAUUCCAGAAGAUGAGGUUACAAACUUGGGUUAUAGCAAGAUACAAUAUGCAAUACUUAAUGGAAUGGAAAAAUGAAUCCAUCAAUAGCUUGAUUGAGGAAGCUAUUAUUGAAGCAGAUAAAAGAGGAGUCAAAGUAUUGAGCCUUGGUCUCUUAAAUCAGGGGGAGAAGCUGAAUGGGUAUGGUGGGCUUUAUGUAGAGAGGCAUCCAGGGCUUAAAGUGAGAGUGGUGGAUGGGAGUAGUCUGGCAGUUGCUGUUGUUUUAAACAGCAUUCCCAAAGGGACAACACAAAUUCUCUUCAGGGGUAAACUCACCAAGGUUGCAUGGGGCAUUGUCUCUGUCCUUUCUCAUAGGGGCAUCCAGGUGGCUACAUUACGUGGAGAAGAAUAUGAGAAGCUGAGUAAAUACAUGGGGAGCAAGUUAAAGAGUAAUUUGUUGCUGUCGAAAAGUUGUUCGCAGAAGAUUUGGCUGGUUGGAGAUGGAUUGAGUAAGGAAGAACAAGAAAUUGCAACAAAAGGAACAACAUUCAUUCCCUUCUCCCAGUUCCCACCCAAGAAGCUACGCAAAGACUGCAUCUACCACACAACUCCUGCAAUGAAAACUCCAAUGUCUAUUGAGAAUGUGGACUCGUGUGAGAACUGGUUGCCUCGAAGGGUGAUGAGUGCAUGGAGAGUGGGAGGAAUAGUGCACGCCAUGGAAGGAUGGGAAGAGCAUGAAUGUGGGUUUAUUGAUCAUAUCAACAACAACAACAUACACAAAGUUUGGGAAGCAAGUCUACGUCAUGGAUUUCAACCUCUCUGAAUAUUUCAACAUGCGUCAACUCAGCCUAACUUGCAGUUAUAGUAUUAUGCCUUCUAGUUUUAAUGCACAGUUGUAUUAGUGGGGGUAGUUAUCAUUUAAUGUUGUAAUAGCUAGGUAUGAAGGUGGUUUAAAGUUUAAAGUAGUUGUUCCACGACCUUCAUGGUCACCAAAUAUAUAGAUGGAGCAUGUGUGUUAAGUGGGUAGUUCGAUUACAUCUCUUGCAUGAGUCAUGAGAUGAGGGAGGGUGGCGUGUCCAAUGUUUAUAUAUAUGUUUGUUGAGUUGAAUAAAGAAGGCAACAAGU